AUGUUGACAUCUGAAUUAACUACAUAUUAUACCACGCUGACAUCUGAAGUAAAUACAGCUUAUAGCAUACUGAUGCCUGAAAUAACUGCAGGUUAUACCUCCCUGAUGUCUGACAUAAUUAUAGCUUAUACCACACUGACACCUGAAAUAACUACAGCUUAUAUCAUGCUGACACCUGAAAUAACUAGAGUUUAUACCAUGCUGACACCUGAAAUAACUACAGCUUAUACCAUGCUGACAUCUGAAAUAGCAACAGCUUAUACCAUACUGACACCUGAAAUAAUUACAACUUAUACCACCCUGAUGUCUGACAUAAUUGCAGCUUAUACCACACUGACACCUGGAAUAAUUCCAGCUUAUACCUUCCUGAUGUCGAACAUAACUACAGCUUAUAUUAUGCUGACACCUGAAAUAACUACAGCUUAUACCAUACUGACACCUGAAAUAACUACAGCUUCUACCACGCUUGGAUCCGAAAUAACUACAGCUAAUACUACACUGAUGUCUGAUAUAACUACAGCUUAUACCACCCUUAUAUGUAAAAUAACUAUAGCUUAUAUCGUCCUCAUGUCUAAAAUAACUACAGCUUAUACCAUGAUGACACCUGAAAUAACUACAGCUUAUACCAUGAUGAUAUCUGACAUAACUACAGCUUAUACCACUCUGACACCUGAAAUAACUACAGCUUCUACCAUACUGACACCUGAAAUAACUACAGCUUCUACCAUGCUUGGAUCUGAAAUAACUACAGCUAAUACUACACUAAUGCCUGAUAUAACUACAGCUUAUAACACCCUUAUAUGUAAAAUAACUAUAGCUUAUAUCAUCCUCAUGUCUAAAAUAACUAUAGCUUAUACCAUGAUGAUAUCUGAAAUAACUACAGCUUAUACCACUCUGACACCUGAAAUAACUACAGCUUCUACCAUGCUGGCAUCUGAAAUAACUACAGCUUCUACCACACUUGGAUCUGAAAUAACUACAGCUAAUACCACACUGAUGUAUGACAUAACUACAGCUUAUACCACCCUUAUAUGUAAAAUAACUAUAGCUUAUAUCAUCCUCAUGUCUAUAAUAACUACAGUUUAUACCACAAUGACACCUGAAAUAACUACAGCUUACACCAUGAUGAUAUCUGAAAUAACUACAGCUUAUACCACUCUGACACCUGAAAUAACUACAGCUUCUACCAUGCUGGCAUCUGAAAUAACUACAGCUUCUACCACGCUUGGAUCUGAAAUAACUACAGCUAAUAUCACACUGAUGUCUGACAUAACUACAGCUUAUAAAACUCUUAUAUGUAAAAUAACUAUAGCUUAUACCGUCCUCAUGUCUAAAAUAACUGUAGCUUAUACCAAGAUGACACCUAAAAUAACUACAGCUUACACCAUGAUGAUAUCUGAAAUAACUACAGCUUAUACCACUCUGACACCUGAAAUAACUGCAGCUUCUACCAUGCUGGCAUCUGAAAUAACUACAGCUUCUACCACGCUUGGAUCUGAACUAACUACAGCUAAUACCACACUGAUGUCUGACAUAACUACAACUUAUAAAACCCUUAUACGUAAAAUAACUAUAGCUUAUAUCAUCCUCAUGUCUAAAAUAACUAUAUCUUCUACCAUGAUGACACCUGAAAUAACUACAGCUUACACCAUGAUGAUAUCUGAAAUAACUACAGCUUAUACCACUCUGACACCUGAAAUAACUACAGCUUCUACCAUGCUGGCAUCUGAAAUAACUACAGCUUCUACCACGCUUGGAUCUGAAAUAACUACAGCUAAUACCACACUGAUGUCUGACCUAACUACAGCUUACAAAACCCUUAUAUGUAAAAUAACUAUAGCUUAUACCGUCCUCAUGUCUAAAAUAACUAUAGCUUAUACCAAGAUGACACCUAAAAUAACUACACUUUACACCAUGAUGAUAUCUGAAAUAACUACAGCUUAUACCACUCUGACACCUGAAAUAACUACAGCUUCUACCAUACUGACACCUGAAAUAACUACAGCUUCUACCAUGCUUGGAUCUGAAAUAACUACAGCUAAUACUACACUGAUGCCUGAUAUAACUACAGCUUAUACCACCCUUAUAUGUAAAAUAACUAUAGCUUAUAUCAUCCUCAUGUCUAAAAUAACUAUAGCUUAUACCAUGAUGACACCUGAAAUAACUACAGCUUAUACCAUGAUGAUAUCUGAAAUAACUACAGCUUAUACCACUCUGACACCUGAAGUAACUACAGCUUCUACCAUGCUGGCAUCUGAAAUAACUACAGCUUCUACCACACUUGGAUCUGAAAUAACUACAGCUAAUACCACACUGAUGUAUGACAUAACUACAGCUUAUACCACCCUUAUAUGUAAAAUAACUAUAGCUUAUAUCGUCCUCAUGUCUAUAAUAACUACAGUUUAUACCACAAUGACACCUGAAAUAACUACAGCUUACACCAUGAUGAUAUCUGAAAUAACUACAGCUUAUACCACUCUGACACUUGAAAUAACUACAGCUUCUACCAUGCUGGCAUCUGAAAUAACUACAGCUUCUACCACGCUUGGAUCUGAAAUAACUACAGCUAAUACCACACUGAUGUCUGACAUAACUACAGCUUAUAAAACUCUUAUAUGUAAAAUAACUAUAGCUUAUACCGCCCUCAUGUCUAAAAUAACUGUAGCUUAUACCAAGAUGACACCUAAAAUAACUACAGCUUACACCAUGAUGAUAUCUGAAAUAACUACAGCUUAUACCACUCUGACGCCUGAAAUAACUGCAGCUUCUACCAUGCUGGCAUCUGAAAUAACUAGAGCUUCUACCACGCUUGGAUCUGAAAUAACUACAGCUAAUACCACACUGAUGUCUGACAUAACUACAGCUUAUAAAACCCUUAUACGUAAAAUAACUAUAGCUUAUAUCAUCCUCAUGUCUAAAAUAACUAUAGCUUCUACCAUGAUGACACCUGAAAUAACUACAGCUUACACCAUGAUGAUAUCUGAAAUAACUACAGCUUAUACCACUCUGACACCUGAAAUAACUACAGCUUCUACCAUGCUGGCAUCUGAAAUAACUACAGCUUCUACCACGCUUGGAUCUGAAAUAACUACAGCUAAUACCACACUGAUGUCUGACAUAACUACAGCUUAUAAAACCCUUAUAUGUAAAAUAACUAUAGCUUAUACCAUCCUCAUGUCUAAAAUAACUAUAGCUUAUACCAAGAUGACACCUAAAAUAACUACAGCUUACACCAUGAUGAUAUCUGAAAUAACUACAGCUUAUACCACUCUGGCACCUAAAAUAACUGCAGCUUCCACCAUGCUGGCAUCUGAAAUAACUACAGUUUAUGCCACACUGAUGUCUAACAUAACUACAGCUUAUACCUCUGUGAUGUCAGAAAUAUCUACAGCUUAUGCCUCUGUGAUGUGUGAAAUAACUUCAACUUAUACUACUCUGACACCUGAAAUAACUGCAGCUUAUACCACGCUGACACGUAAAUAA